CCUAAGUGUUUUAUUCAAGCAUAGAUAAUGCAGUUGAUAGUUGAGUAAAUUAAACAAAUGAGAGAAAUCAGAAUAACCAUGGACUGCAACCUCUAUCUCCUGCAAGUUAUGGUAGCUCCAUAGAGGGUUAAUAAUGAAGAAGGAACGUGCACCACGUCCGGGUGUAGUACGGCCAAGAUUUAAACCCAAUACACGUCCAUACAACAAAAGCAAGCUUGAUGCGGUUAUACAACGCCUUAAACUUUUCAGAAACAUCAAGGCCCGAUUCAAAUACAAUUUGGAUUUGGAUAUUUACAGCUCGCUUCUAAACAAAGUAUUUAAGUACAGGACCGGAAGAAAGUCUAUCACCCAACUGAGCUCAGAUGCUGCUAUACUUAUGCGAGGCCAUCCAGAUCUUAUUGACCAGUUUAACAAAUGGAUUCCCCGUACUCGUCAAGAUUCAUGUACGUUACUCUCGCACCACUUGGCAGCAACACAUUUGGAGAACCGUGAUCUACAGGAUGAGGGCGAUGAUGAAGUAUCUACGGAUACUGAUAUUGAUACAGAUAGUGAUGCUGAAGAUUGGGACUGGUUGAAAAGGUCGACUAAGCUUGGUGGAUGUACAGGCCCCUAUAAAGUUUGGAAGAUUUGGAAAAAGAUCAAGGAUCGGUUUAAGUGCGAUAUGGAGAUUUGUGAGUCGCUAAAGGAUAAGGUGGACAAGUACAAAGAUGGAAGAAAGUCUAUCAUCCAACUAAGUUCCGACGUUGCUACACUUUUGCGGGGCCAUCCCGAUCUUAUUGAGGAAUUUCGCGAAUGGAUUCCCAUCACUCCGAAUGAGGGAUCCGAUGAAGUAUCUAGCGAUACUAGCUUUAGUACCACUGAUACUGACGCCGAUAUAUACAAUGAUACAUCUUCAGAUGCCAUGGAUUAAUCUAUCAAAAUACACUUUUAUGAAUAAUGCUCUUGCUAUUUUUAUAUUUAAAUUGAUUAUGGAUUUAACAGACAAUAAUGAACAUGUUUUUUUGGUAUAUUUUAAGUGACUUGUUUCUCAAUA